CUAUUUCAAUAUUCUGCAGUGGUGGCGCGUUACUGUUCGCGAAUCUCCUGAGCAGCAGGGCUCUGCUGUAACGAGGCAUCGUGGCGCACUUGUGCAAUUUCAUUCGGGUUUGAUUAAAUAAAGUGAGAAGUACAGCUCUACAAACAAACUGUUUGCUGGUACGAGAUUGUGGGGGGUCAGGGGUAUUUAAAGAUCAUACAAGCAGUCAGCUCCGCUUGAAAGGGAAAAAACCCCCAACUUGUAAAGAUGGAAGACGGCGAGCAGAUAUCCUCCACGACUCCCUUCGAGUCGGGCUUUGGCGGAGACUGGAUGGCGGAGUCCCGCCCGGCUGCUGCCCAGUUUCACGACAACGAAGCUGUGGCCAAGGAGGAUGACGAUAUCUUAGACCUGGCCGGGGGCGCGAAGGAAGCCCUGGAAAGACACAGAGCCUAUGACUAUGACUCCACGCCGUUCGGGCAGCCUCAGAAAGCCGCCGACCCGUCUCCGAUGCCACCGGCAUCCAUGGACGCUGGACCCCUUUUCGGAGAUGCCGGGGUGAGGCGGAUGCCCGCAGCCGGGGAAGCUGCGGACACGCCGCCUAAACCGCAGGUGCCCGAGGCGGUGCCGGUGAUCCCCGCGAAGAAGACCCAGUCGCCUUCGCCAUCUUCCGAUGAGCCCUCCUUUCCUCCUCCUGCUCCAUCUCAAACUCUGAUGCAUUCUUCUGCAGAGGGCAGAGCUCAGCCACUGGGGCAGGAGGGUGAUUCUUCUCAGCUUGGAUCUUUUGCACUUCCUCCCUCACUCUCUCCUCUUCAUUCUCCUGACUCUUUGGAGGAGUUGUCUCUCUCUGAAAGUCCCAAUCAAGGCCCUGCGGCAUCGGUGCCGUUUGGCUCCGGCCUCACAUCUAUAGCGUUUUCUGAACGGCCAAGCCAGGACGUGCCUUUGAGUGAAGAGGUGAAAAUGUUUGAAUCUUUUACGGUGUCAAAGCUAGGCCUGGCUGGUGACGAUCGUAGCCUCUCUGGUGGGUUGGACAAAGACAGUGUGAAGGCAGCCACCUUCUCUCCUGGAGAAACCGAUCGGUUCUUAAGCUCACUUAUGACCUCGGAGGUCGAUCUUGGAUCCAAGGUUGAUCCAGGAAAGUCUGGCCGAUGUGAAGAUAGUGGAGUUGCCUCCUCUCCUGAUGAGAAAUUUGGCAGUUCAGUUGGGUCUCAUGAUGGAAAAACCGAUAGUGGUAAGGAAGGGUUUGAUAAAGAUUCGGAAUCUGGAGAAUCUACUGGAUCGACUCCAACUCAGUCACCCAUUAACCCGAAAAUCACUACUGAGUCUUUCCUUUCAUAUGCACCCUCUAACCCGACAGCAAAACCAGACGCUCCGUUCAUUGCCUCCUGUGGUUUCAUGAAGGACGUACAUGGACCAAUUAAAGACAUUUUUUCACCGAAAGCUUCUUGGCGUGAAACUGAUCUGCUUGCAAGCAAGCUGGACGUUGAUGAUGAUUUUCUGGAUGAGGUUAAAGCCGCCAGUGCUACAAAGAAUCCAUUCCAGGGGUUCUCACCUAUAGGGGAUUCUAGCAGUGUGUUUCCGCAGUUGGGUGAGAUGACUACGGAUAUCUCUACUGAUAUAAAGGGUAUAAAAGUAUCUGAAAGUCCCACACCAGACUUGGUACCACAUGCACAUGAAGGUGAACCCCAAGAUGCUGCUCUGAAUAAGCCAAAAGAAGAAGCAACUGUUGAUUUAGUCCAGAUGGCUUCUGACCCUGUAAAGGAUUUGCCUGAUGUUCCUGUGCACUCUGUUUUAACUGAAGAAUCUAAGGAACCUUCAGCACCUCCAUCUCUGCCAGAUAUCCUGAAGUCUUCUCCUCUGAUCCCUGAAAAAAUAGACUCGGGGUCAUCAGAAGCAAGCUCUGAUAAUGAGCAGAGUCCAACAGAGGAAGUACAGAUGGACAUUAACCCUAUGACUUAUUCCGCCACUAACCCGUUUGCCUUUGACACUAAGAUUUCACUAUUGAAGGAGAUGGCCGAAGAAACUGAGGCUCGUGCUGCCGCCAAAGAGAUGAUUAAUGUUGAACCAUGUACCGAGACGAGCUUCGGUGCUUUUGACCUGUUGAAGGAGGCGGAGACCACCAAGGGCAAAGAUCCACCUGCAGUGGAGACGGAACAAAAAGACUGGAAUCUUUCCGGUAGUGAUUCGGUCAAAUUCGGCGCAGAGUUUCGUACCUCCCCAGCUUCAGUGAACCUGCCAAUCGGCUCGCCUUCUCGACACCUAGCAACAGCGGAAGAAUCUGAUUCUGAGAGUCCAAUGACGGACUCCUUGUCUCCAGUGCUGGAGGCGAUGGCAAAGAACCCUGCAAGUUUUCAGAUUGAAUCUGAGAGCAAGCUCUUGGAAGAAUCCAAAAUCUCAAUGGCUACUGUGAUUAAGGGAGUGUACAUGGAGGAGCACGAGACGUCAGAGCAUGAAGUCUCAUCUGAGGAGUUUGAAUUCAUAGAAAGGCCUCCAAAGGGUGUAAUGGACGAAUUCUUAGAAACAUUGGAUAGUGCAAAGUUUGCAAAAGCACCAGAGAUGGGUACGGAUGAUGAUGCUUCACCAGGGUUUGGACAGGGAGAUCUCACCACUGAUGUCGAGUCAGCACUGGACUCCCAGCAAAGUUCCUACAUGCUCCUAACACAGCCCAUCUCUAGGGCUUCACCCCAAAAGCUCAAGGCAGAUCUGGAGAAACCAUUUGAGCCUUCAGAACUUGUGUACCAACCCCAAGAGGCUGCUGCUCCUCCGAAAGUCCCUCUUGUCCACUCUGUGUCAGAAGAGCCUGAGAAGCCUGCUCGUCUGCAGAAGACUGAGGACCAGGCAGCCAGUAUGACGGCCCACACUGAGGCAUCUACAGCUGCUAGCCUGGCACAUCUAAGCGCAGAAGCAGUGGUGGACCUCUUGUACUGGCGCGAUGUCAAGACAACGGGCGUGGUGUUUGGGGCGGCUCUGUUCCUGCUGCUCUCCCUGUCCGUCUGCAGCAUCAUCAGCGUCUGCUCCUACGUGGGUCUGGCCCUGCUCUCCGUCACCAUCACCUUCAGGAUAUAUAAGGGCAUCCUGCAGGCCGUGCAGAAGUCUGACGAGGGGCACCCCUUCAAGACUUACCUCACCCAGGAAGUGACCCUGUCCGAGGAUCUGGUGCACAAGUACAGCGACAUGGCCCUAACCCACCUCAACUGCACCCUCAAGGAGCUGCGGCGGCUCUUCCUGGUGGAGGACCUGGUGGAUUCCCUGAAGUUUGCCGUGCUGAUGUGGAUCCUGACGUACAUCGGUGCCUUGUUUAACGGCCUGACUCUGCUUAUCCUGGGUCUGAUUGCUGUGUUCAGCACCCCAGUAAUUUAUGAAAAACACCAGGCACAGAUUGACCAUUACUUGGCCCUGGCAAGAACCCAAAUCAAAGACAUUUUUGGAAAGGUCCAGGCUAAAGUACCGGGGAUGAAGCCCAAGGCAGAGUGAAGGCAGCGACCGGAGAGCCCCCGGGGUUGGGGCCGCCCGCCUGGGGGGGGCCCAGCCCAGGUCACAUCCUUCACAUUUCACAUGCUGUCCGCAAACCCCCAUCCUUGCUCAUCAGUUCUAGUGCUACGGCAAACUGAACGUUCGUUAACCAGCCAUGGCCCCCUCCCCCCAAACCACCACCGCAACUAGCUUGUGAGCCUUAUAUGCCACUGCGAAUAAAAUUUGAAUCAAAUUUACCAGAGUGUGAGAGAGAAGGAGUGUGAAUCAAAGUGAAGAGUGUUUAGAGCACGGGGCUCGGUCUUGGCCAGACUUGUUCGCAAUGUAAGAGAAAGUGACUAAUUUCUCCGUACUUUUCCUUCCUUUUCUCGUCACCUACUGUCCAUGUGGUCAAACGUGAAGAUCGGCUGCGUUUUUUUAAGGGGGGUGUAACACCAAUUGAAUGGUACUGGGGGAAGGGGUUUGGUUUUUUUCGGUAUGAUUAAAACUUAGUGGUGUUGUGAUUUUACCGUUUUAUUGAUUGACUGUAGUAUUUCACAGGGCUUCUAGCUUUCUUCAGCAGAUUCACAGUGGUGGAGACCUACUUCAUAGACCCUCAUGCUUGUGAGUGUUUCAACAAACAUUUAGUACUUUUUUGCGAGAAACUACGUUGUCGUUUCACCACAUUGCAGCUGAGUAUUUAGGGAGGAGAACUUAUUUAAAAAAAAAAAUAAAAAAAAAGCUACAAAAAAUGUCUGUGGACCUGAUAUCUAAAGCUGCAAAAUUAUGUAAACUUGGGAAAUUCAAGCAGUGUUUGUUAUGCAAGUAAAUGUGAAUGAAACUUCAUACAGUUGUGAUGAAUUCUGCUGAGACUCGUCUGUGGAAUGCAUUGUGAAAUGUAAGCCGAUACCAAUAAAGCUUAUAGACAAA